AUGCUGAGAAUCGUCAACCGUUACAAGGAUAGGGGUGCCACCGGGAACAGGGGCAUCUACACCUCGGCGCCACCCAUGUCCACGCACGGCCUCCCCCCCUCCGCUGUAGAACCAGGCCCUCCCCUGGAAAACACCAUUCUUGGUCUUGUUCAUAAUAAGCCCUUCCCCGCUGCUUCUUCGGACGGGCGCCACGCCUACGCCAGUCGUCCACUCCCUCACCCACCAUCAAGAGCCAAGCUCUCUCUAAUGCCUCCUCUAUCGAAUAUUUCUUCAGGCAAGGCCACCACCACACUCCGCACAGACUUUGCAACAAUGGACUCGAGGAUAUCAAGGGACGACAUGUUCUUGAGGCCCGCGACGGGAAGGGCUGCUAUCGACUCCAGGAGGAUAUCUAGGGACGACUCAUAUUUGGUUGGCCGCCAGCAGAGCGCCUGGAGGCCAGGCUUUCACAUCCCAAAUAGGGGCCAGUUGACACCAGACAUAAGCUCGAGAGGGGCUUCACCACCAAUCUUUGCGCCCCCCUUUCGCCGAAGGGAGACACCAGAAUCGUUGCGAUCCGCCGAGAUCCCAAUAGGGAUAGGAAUGCCCAUAGGCAUGGCUAUAGGCAGUCCGACCCAGGCCUCGAGCCACUCGCCGCCAAACUUCUCCAACAGCUGGCGACCACAGGUACCCCAGGUGCAGGAGGCUGUCCGACCAGAGCCAGAGCCGAGGCUGCCCCCACAACCUGAACCAGAACCGCCGGCGCCGUUGAAACGUACCAAGACGGGAAAGCGAAGGCUGUUCGGGCUAUUUGGGAGAAAGCAUGUUGAGGAGUCGCCGAUGCCCUCGCCAUCGCAAAGUUCCUCCUUUUCGGGUCUCAGAUCUGCUUCUUCUUUGCAGAGUCAGCGGUCACCGACCACCCCAAUGAGGAGUCAUACAUCGGCUGGUUCCAGUGCCCAAAAAUACAAGCCUCUCAUCGCCAGAACCAAUACCGAGCCCAUGGCUCCCGCGCCCAGAAGCCCGCGAAGAAAAAUCAGUAACCCCAUCCCAAUUGCUAACUCGAUCGACACGGAGCAUCCUUACCAGCCCCAUGCCUUCCCAGAGGUUUCAAGGCAGGAGAUUUCAAGAUCAGAUAUUUCAAGGCCAGAGAUCUUGCGGCCUGUGAACCCGCCACCACCUAUCCCCAUCACUAAUACAGGCGGCCCGUUUCUGAACGUGGAAAUCCCGGACGUCAAGAUGGAGAGAUACAGCGUAAUGUUUAGUGGCUUGUUGAAUCCUCAGAGCUCGUCAUCUCUCCUCGCGAGGCGACAGGCAACUCUCGACCGACUCAAGAGCAUCAAUGACUGCAUCGUCAAGGAGGAGGAAGAGAGGAUUAGACCGGUACAACGUGCUGCCACGUCCCCCCAGCCGAUUCCGACAAAGUCACCCGCCUUUACGCUCUUUCCGCCGACUCCGGAGUCUCGAUUUGAAUCUUCUCGUUCCCUGUCGUCGCCCAGGACCCGAUCGAACACGUCACCUGCGACCGUAUCUUCACCGGCAAGACAGCGCUUUGGCACUGGUUCUGAUGCCGACAAUGCGGCACUCGGCAGAGGCCAAGCAUCACACAAAACCAGCCAUUCGGCAGGGUCGUCAAGGUACCUGCACCCAAGCGCUAGGGAUAGGCCCGUGCACUUUGGACAGGGCCAGUCCAGCUUGUCUUUGGAAUCCCCCACCAGUCCGGCCUCCGACUAUGAGCGUGACCAGCAAAUGGCCGUGCAGCAGCCUAAGCCGACGAUAGUAGUGGAGCCGCGCUGGCAGUUGGAAACCCCGCCAAGCUCGGCCGCCACAUCCUCGAGCACCGCCAGCAGCACUCGCAAGCGAUCCCCAUCAUCCACCUCCUCCGUGGCCACCAACGUCACGAGGCCUUCUGUUGAUGACGAGUCUGACAAUGCGCUCAAGGCUGCGGUGGAGAUCUCCAUCGCGAGGCAAAUCAGCAUCUCGCGACAGCAGCGGCAAAUGCUAAGGCCUUUGCAGACUAGCGUCGUGCGGGACCGGAACGGGACGACCGUCGCCGGCACCAGGCCUGGCAGGCCGAUGCCUUCGCCCGCCAAAGUGAGCCCAGUCAAGCUGGGUAAGAAUGAGCGUCUGCAGGAGACCAAGUCGUGCACACCGACACUGAUUCAUCCUCCCAGGCGACAUUUAUCGCCUGAGCAGUUGAUGAUGCAUCGGAAGAGUGAGCGGGUCAUUUUGGAGGCUGCCUAG